AUGGCUCCUUCAAUAGCUGCAUCAAACGAGCAAAAAGAUCCAAGUGAAGAAUUGUCAAAAAUCGAACUGAAUUCAACGACUGAAAGACGUUGUGUUGGUAGAUGUGAUAUGGAACUGGGCGAUGUCACUCAUCAUAAUGUGCAGCAACUGAAACGGCUGAAUCAGGCUGUAUUCCCGGUUUACUACAACGAUAAGUUCUAUAAAGAGAUUGCUUCGGCUGGUGAAUUAGCGAAGUUGGCUUAUUUCAACGAUAUUGUUGUGGGCGGUGUUUGCUGUCGUUUGGAUGUGGAAGAAGGCGUUAAAAGACUGUACAUUAUGACACUUGGUACUCUUGCUCCUUAUCGAAGACUCGGUAUAGGCACACUUCUAUUGAAGCACGUGAUGUCACUUUGUGAAAAGGAUCACUCAAUUGACAAUAUUUAUUUACAUGUACAGGUGAAUAAUGAGUCAGCGCUCGAUUUCUACAAACGCUUUGGAUUCGAAAUUAUCGGUACGGCUGAGAAAUACUAUAAAAGGAUUGAACCGGAUAGUGCAUAUAUACUGGUCAAAAAGAUUGCUCAUACCUCGAAAUGA